UGGACCACUGUUGCUGCUAUUACUAUAUCAUCCUGUUGCUCCAUUAACAAAGAGCAGACAUGGCUGCCCUUGGGAAUUCUUCAAGUAACAACAACAUAGUGCAACCAAAGUUCUACAAGAUUAUAUUUUCCCAACAUGAAUGCACCAAUCUAAGUUUUCCAGAAGAUUUUGCGAGCAGAUACUGCAAGAACAUGUUAAACCCUGUGUAUCUUGAGGUUCCCAGUGGCGAAGUAUGGGAGGUUGAAGUGGAACAUUCUGAAGGCCAAAUUUGGCUAGCCCAAGGAUGGCAGGAUUUCUGUGACUAUUAUUCAAUAAGCUGUGGGCACUUUUUGAUGUUCGGAUACAAUGCUCGUUCCCAUUUUAAUGUCACUAUAUUUGAUUUGAGUGCAGCAGAAAUUGAAUAUCCAUACAGUUCACGCACCUUCUAUUGUGAUGAAAAACAACAUGCACCAGAAAUAGACCAGUCCGAUUCGGAUGAUUCUGUCGAUAUCCUAGAGGAUAUACCAAGAAGCCACAAAAUGAAAGAAGAAAUUCCUGAUAUGGUUGAGCAUUCUGUUGAAAACCUAGGCCAUGUUCCAUUAGGACAGUCCAGCAAAAGGAAAAGACAAGAAGGGGAUGAAGAAGAUGAGGUUUCAGUUGAUACUUAUAUCAAAAGAAUGGAGGUUGAGAAGUCGCAAGAGGAUGUAGCUUCACCGUCUUUUACUAGAGAGGGCCAAAAAAGCAAUGAAGACUACAGGAAGCACAAGCAAAAAUCCAAGAGUGCUUAUGAUCAAAACAGGACAGUAAUGGACAAAGAGAGCUCUAUUGCAUAUCAAAAAGCAAAAGCUUUUAAAUCUAAGAAUCCGUUCAUUAUAUAUUUUAUGCAGCCAUCGUAUGUCAAUCCUCCAGUCAAUUUGACCAUAUCGUCAACAUUUGCUAGGAAAUAUCUCCUUAAGAAUGAUGGCAAUUUAGUGCUUCGUGUUCCAGGCAGUGGAUCUUGGUCAGUCAAAUGUACUAUUGGAACAGGGAAUGCUAAAGUUCAUUCUGGUUGGAAGGAAUUCGUGCUAGAAAAUAAGUUAAAAGUUGGUGAUGUUUGUGUAUUUGAAGUGAUAAAGGGCUCUCAGCUCGUUGUAGAUGUCAAAAUAUUUCGUGCAGCUGGGAGCAUACUAAUGCACAAUAUAGUUGGAGAAGUUCCAGGGGGUUCUGAUAGUAAAAGCAAGGUUAUCAAAACUGAUAAUUCUGUUCCAUGUCCUCAACCCAAGGUAGUUCACACCGAAAAAUUAAAGCAGCGGACAGGAUGUUCAUAUGCUUUCAACUCAAAAAUUAAAGAACAUGGUGAAGGCACUGAGAUUGAGCAUUCUGCUGAGAUUGUGGGUCAUUAUUCGUCAGGAAAGGGCAGCAAAAGAAAAAUAUUAGAAGGGGAUGAUGUUUCAAUCGACAUUCACAGAAUAAGUAUGAAGGUGGAAAAGUCUCAAGAAGAUGUAGCGUCGCCUUCUUUCGCAAGAAAAAACAAAAAAAGCGGAGGAAGUUGCAGGAUGCACAAGCAACAAUCCAAGAUUAUUUAUGGUAGGAACAAGAUAGUAAUGGACAAAGAAAGUGCUAUAGCAUAUCAAAGAGCAAAAGCUUUUAAAUCUAAGAGUCCAUUCGUUAUAUCUUUUAUGCAACCAUCGUAUAUCUCCAUACCGUAUAGGCUGAACAUAUCGUCUACAUUUGCCAGGAAGUAUUUCCUCGAGAAUGAUGGCAAUUUAGUGCUUCGUGUUCCAGGUAGUGGAUCUUGGUCUGUCAAAUGUACUAUCGGACCAGGGGAUGCUAAAAUUCAUUCUGGUUGGAAGGCAUUCGUGCUAGAAAAUGAGUUAAAAGUUGGUGAUGUUUGCGUAUUUGAAGUGGUAAAGGGCACUCAGCUCUUUAUAGAUGUCACAAUAAUUCGUGCUGAUGGAAGCAGACCAAUGCAUAAGAUAUCUGGAGAAAAGCCAGGGGUUUCUGACAGUAAAGACAAGAUUACCAAAACUGACAACUCUCUUCCAUGUUCUGAACUGAAAGUAGUUCACACCAAGAAAUUAAAGCAGCGGAGAGGAGGUUCAUAUGGUUUCAGGUCAAAAAUUAAAGAAGAACAUGGCGAAGGCACUGAGAUUGAGCAUUCUGUUGAGAUUUUGAACCAUUGUCCGUUAGGACUUCGCAGCAAAAGAAGAAGACCAGAAGCGGAAGCAGAGGAUGAUGUUUCAAUUGACAUUCAAACCAAAAGUAUCAUGGUGGAAAAGUCACAAGAGGAUGUAGCUUCACCUUCUUUCACGAGAAAAACCAAAAAAAGCGGAGAAAGUUGCAGGACGUACAAGCAACAAUCCAAGAUGGUUUAUGCAAAGAACAUGACAGUAUUGGACAAAGAAAGGACUAUAGCAUAUCAAAGAGCAAAAGCUUUUAAAUCUAACAAUCCAUUUGUUAUAUAUUUUAUGCAACCAUCGUAUGUCUCGAAGCCAUACACUCUGUUCAUAUGUUUCUCGUUUGCUUGGAAAUAUUUUCGGGAGAAAUGUGGCAAUUUAGUGCUUCGUGUUCCCAGCAGGGGAUCUUGGUCUGUUAAAUAUGACCUGAGAACAUCAAAAUCGACAAUUCGCUUCUGCUGGAAGGCAUUCGUGCUGGACAAUAAGUUAAAAAUUGGUGAUGUUUGUGUAUUUGAACUGAUUAAGGGCAGUCAGCCCUUUUUAGAUGUCACUAUAUUUCGUGCAGCUGAGAGCAUACAUAAAAUAGAUGGAGGGGUUUCUGAUUGUAAAAACAAGAUAAUCGAAACUGAGAAUUCAGUUCCAUGUUCUCAUCCCAAAAUAGUUCACAGCAGGAAACUGAAUCUUGAAAAGAAGCAGAAAGGAGAUUGUGAUGGUUUCAUUAUUUCAAAAAUUAAAGAAGAACUCAGUGAAGGUGCAGGGAAGCAUGCGCAACAAUCUAAGACUUCUGGUAUGGGCAGAGUGGUAGCCAAAGAAAUGGUUGUGGCAUAUCACAAAGCAAAAGCAUUUACAUCUGAAAAUCCAUUCUUCAUAAGUUUUAUGCAACCAUCAUAUGUGUGUCAGGCCUGCAGCCAGAUGAAAUUGUCCAUGACGCUGCCAGUAACUAAGAAAUUUUUUACCACUAAACAUAGUGAUGUGGUACUUCAAGUUUCAAGCAAGAGAACAUGGGCUGUAAAAUGCAUUCUUGGAACAGCAAACGCGAAGUUCACUGCCGGUUGGAAGGAGUUUGUGCUGGACAACAACUUAAAAGUAGGUGAUGUUUGUGUCUUUGAACGGGUUGGUAGAUCGAAACUUUUGUUCAAUGUCAUCAUUUUUCCUUCUGAGGAAGGUAUAUAAGAUUGUUUCACUUGCUUAAACGCCGAUGUAUAUUUUGUUUAACUAAUCUGUGUUGGUUGUCUUCUUUUUGAUGUAUAUUUUGUUUAACUAAUCAGUGUUGGUUGUCUUCUUUUUGAUGUAUAUUUUGUUUAACUAAUCAGUGUUGGUUGUCUUCUUUUUGAAAGGGAAGGAGACAAUGUAUUUAUUCCCCCUAAGAACAACCUUAGGAUCUUUGAUUCUGUAACCUUAACUACUUGUUAUAGUCUUCAUGUAUUU